AUCAAUAAUGGCGAAUAAGAAGAAUGAGGGGCAGCGUUUAGGCAUUACAGAUCCCAUCUCUUUGACUGGACCAACUUACUUCGAUCUCUGCAAAACCAAACAACUUCAAAACUAUUUGGAAAAUGCUCAAUUGUACGAGACUCCUGAUGAGGCUCUCGCCAGGGAGGAGGUGCUCGCUAGACUAGACCAGAUUGUGAAAGUAUGGGUUAAAAGUAUUAGUCGGGCUAAGGGUUUGAAUGAGCAACUGGUGCGUGAAGCCAAUGCAAAGAUUUUCACUUUCGGCUCUUAUAGAUUGGGGGUGCAUGGGCCAGGUGCAGAUAUAGACACUCUCUGCGUUGGACCUAGAUAUGCAACAAGAGAAGAAGAUUUCUUUGGUGAACUAGGUAGAAUGUUGGCAGCCAUGCCUGAAGUUACAGAGUUGCAUCCAGUGCCUGAUGCUCACGUUCCAGUUAUGAAGUUCAAGUUUAGUGGGGUUUCAAUAGAUUUACUUUAUGCUAAACUGUCACUCUGGAUUAUUCCUGAAGAACUAGAUUUAUCACACAACUCAAUACUGGAGAAUGCAGACGAGCAGACAGUUCGUAGUCUGAAUGGUUGUAGGGUCACUGACCAGAUUCUACGAUUAGUUCCAAAUAUUCAGAAUUUUCGCACGACUCUAAGAUGCAUGAGAUUAUGGGCAAAGUGUCGUGGUGUUUAUUCUAAUGUUACAGGAUUUCUUGGUGGGAUAAACUGGGCUUUGCUUGUGGCUCGAAUAUGCCAAUUAUAUCCUAAUGCAUUGCCCAGCAUGUUAGUAUCCCGAUUCUUUCGGGUGUAUACUCAAUGGCGAUGGCCCAACCCAGUUAUGCUCUGCAACAUUGAAGAAGGAUAUUUGGGGCUUCAAAUUUGGGAUCCAAGAAGAUAUCACAGAGAUAGAUAUCAUUUAAUGCCGAUAAUAACUCCGGCUUAUCCUUCUAUGAAUUCCAGCUAUAACGUCUCGUCAAGUACUUUACAAAUUCUUUCAGAAGAAUUUCAGAGGGGAAAUGAUAUCUGUAUGGCUAUGGAGUCGAACAAGGAAGACUUGGAAUGGGAUACCCUGUUUGAGAGAUUUUCCUUCUUCAAAGCAUAUAAUAAUUAUCUACAAAUAGACAUCAAUGCUGAAAAUGGUGAUGAUUUGAGACAAUGGAAAGGUUGGGUUGAAUCUCGUAUACGUCAGCUAACAUUGAAGAUUGAGAAGCACACUUUGAAUAUGCUCCAAUGUCACCCCCAUCCUGGUGAUUUUUCAGACAAAUCCAAACCUUUUCAUUGUAGCUACUUUAUGGGUUUGAAAAGAAAACAACAAGGACCUGGUUUGCCAAAUCAAGAUGGAACCUUUGAUAUUAGGGCAACUAUUGCAGAGUUUAAAGGGAUAGUACUGAACAACUAUACUUGUUGGAAGUCUGGAAUGGAGAUUCGUGUACACCAUGUUAAAAGGAAAAACUUACCUAGUUUUGUGCUCCCUACUAUCACCACUUCUAAGGUAAUUUUUAUCGUUAAAUACUAACUGAAUUAUUACUGU